AUGGCUUCCUCAAUCGAUACAGUUGAAGGCACCAUUGGCGGGACAACGGUUAUCAGGUGCCCCUACCCACCUGAAUAUAGCGACGCCCCAAAGUUCCUCUGCAGAGCAGAAUCGUCACUCCAUUGUAGUGGUCCCAGUGCGGACAUCGCUGUGCAGACCACCACUGACAAAUCCUGGGGGUUUAAUGGGCGCUUCUAUCUCCAUGACGACAUCAACGAAUUCACCGUCACCAUCACUGGACUGACUGCAAAGGAUUUUGGGAAAUAUUGGUGUGGAGUAAAAGCAGCAUCGCAUGACCUCUAUACUGAGCUGUUGCUUGAUUUUAGCCCAGGGCCACCACUAAGGAUUGUUCUUGUGGGCAAAAGUGGAGCAGGGAAAAGCUCCUCAGGCAACACCAUCUUGGGGAGGAACGCCUUCCACGAAGCCUUCAGCCAUGGACCAAUCACCACAGCUGCCUCAAAGGGGAUGGGGAAAUUCCAAGGGAGACAUGUCACAGUGGUCGACACACCGGGGAUAUUUGACCUAGCCAAGACAGAGGAAAUGCUGAAGAUAGAGAUAGGGAAUUGUGUUAAAUUGUCCCUUCCAGGGCCCCAUGUGUUUCUGUUGGUGGUGAGGUUAGAUGUGAGGUUCACACCACAGGAGAGGAAUGCAGUGGAGUGGAUCCAGACACACUUUGGGGAGGAGGCAGCACAGUUCACCAUAGUGCUCUUCACACAUGGAGAUAUCUUGCAGGGAAGAUCAGUGGAAGAAAUUUUAAAUAAUGAAAUGCGUGGCCUGAUAGACAGCUGUGGGGGAGGGUUUCACAUGUUCAACAACAAACGGAGGAAUGACCGCACUCAAGUUGAGGAACUGUUCGGGAAGAUAGAUGCUAUGGUGGACAGGAACGGGGGAGGAUACUACACCAUGUAUAAGGUGUUGCAGCGAGAAGAGAUAAGAAAAAAAUGGCUAAAAUGUACUACAGGAGGCGCAGUCGGAGCAGUGGUGGGAUCUAUAGUCCUAGGAGUUGUAGGGGCUGUGGUGGGGCUAGGUAACCCAGCAGCAAUAGCGGCUGGAGCUGCUCUUGGUGCAGCUGACCUUGUGAUUAGUGAUGAUGAUGAUGAUGAUGAUAUUGAUGAUGACGACGACAACGAGAUGAUGUGA